CGUACUUCAGGUCUACCUCAUCCGCGCCUGGCGUCAACCGUUGACCAUACUCAAGAGCAUCUCUGCCGACAAACUUCUCGAUACUACUAGUAAUCUACAUACAGAUACUAUCCUGCUUCAUUCCCUUUCCCGCCCAAUCUGACGCCCUCUUACUCUGCCCGGCUACAUAUCUCGAACUCGUACCGCGCCCCUCACCUGACUAUUACGUCAAUCCCAUUCCGCUUUCCUGCCAUGUAUGAAAGUUGAGUCCCACUUCGUUCAAUAUGAAAACAUACUGACCAUUCGCGUAGUAGGCUCGCAUUCAAGCUACGAAGCAGCUUCAAGGACAAGUAACAGCGUACAAAGGCUCUCUCAUGAUGUCGCGAACAGCUCCUAACUCCGAAUCGCUUCUGCGGCACGACCUCGAGGGCUUCUCGCGAGACCUACUUGGCCUUCAUACCCGCUUUCAAGAAAUGUUCCCGGUCCUCGCCAACUCCAGCGCGUCUGCCUCUACCUCAGCUGCAGCUCAGAGCCAAGCCCCCAUUAUAGGACAUCUUCGCGACCAAGCGACCAGAAGCCAUGUAGCUCUUCCCGCAUCUCCAGCGCUCACUUCGUCUCAAUUCUCGCCUGACGUGACUGCCAGCUUAGAGCAUAGAGUCAGCCAGGAGGUCAUGAACAUCAAGCUUAAGGUCGAUGACUUGCAACAAAAGCUUGAUCCACAUAGGGGUGAUAUCUAUCGCAAUUGGAUCCAACCGUUGCAGGCACAAAACCAGCGAAUGGAGGAAGAGAUGGCGAGAAUCAGGGAAGAGAACAUGAAGAGACAGCAAGCUGAGGAGAGAAUGAGGGGGGAGCUGUUCGUGGCGAUUCACAAGAUGCAAGCUGAAAUCGAGGAGCUGAAGAAGGCGCGUGAUCAGGGAAGUGUUGAGGAGAUGGAGGUGCAGCAGGAAUAUGAGCUCUUCCCGAGGCAUCUGAGGGCAAUGGAUUCUCCAAACCAUCGAGAUCUCGCUGCCCCAAGGGAGCUGCCUUUUACGGAUGAAAACGUGCAGAGUUACACGUCGUCUGCACUGGUUCCGUUCAGCUCUCAGGUCGACAAGCACACAGAUGCUCCCAGCACCAAGGAGCUCGGCUUGGACUUGACCACUCGACCAGCUAACAGAGGACAACAAGGUGCAGCCAGUCUUCAUAAUACACACCGGUAUACAAGCAGCACCGACUCUGAGCUUCCAAUUCCCGCUACAAAACGUCGUUCACACUCGGGCCGUCAUCCUGGUACCCGUCUGGCAUCAGAAAGUGACAAUGACAAUGACCUGGAAUCGACAACCUCGGCGAACAGAGGCUCUACCUCGCAGUUUUAUCUCCGUCCAGGAAGAUACUCCCAAGGCACGGCAGCAACAACAACAACAACAACAACAACAACAGCAACAACAUCUCGUAGCCGCAGCCCUCGCCGCACCCUCGACGCGGAAUUUCGCGUCCGUGAUCCUUCCCGGUUCACGUCCAAAUCAGAGUCACAUUCGGCCCGUCGCCGCUCUACCCCUUCCCUCUCGGCUAAAGACAUUCUUCUCGAUCAUGAACUCGACGUCUCCUUCCUGUCCAUUCCUUCCCGCUCGCAACCGUCCCGCCGGACCAAGACAGCCAACGAGCUGAUUGAUAGGCACCUCUCAUUCAUCCCCAAUGGCUGGCGCACUAUCAUAGCCAACACGGCGAAACAAUUGAGCGCAGAGGAUUGGGACCGCGCGGACGCGAGAGUGUUGAAAAAGCUAGAGGAGCACUGCCCGGCUUUCAGCAACUUGGAGGAAAUUCUUCCGGAUGUCAAGAUGGCUGUGCCGGCUUUGAGGGAGUUGAUGAGGGAAUUGGGGAGACAUCCUUGAGUGUUCUCAGGAUGAGGAUGUUCGUCUGCAGGGGAAGAUGAUUAUUUACUUAAACACUGGCUUAAAAGACGUAAUUAACGACAAGUAACAUGGUAAUUGUAAGUAUAACAAGAAGAUCA